GUACUGUUACAUUUCUCUGCUUAUAAUCUCUGACACUUCUAUACCACACACCCAUCUUUCCAUUUCUCCCUCUCUCUCUCUCUCUCUCUCUCUCUCUCUCUCUCUCUCUCUGCUUCCGCUCAACCUUUUCUAGGAAGUAGAAACAAACCCAGUGCAAGAAUAUCGAGAUGGAAUUCCGAAUUCUUUCGAUUUGGGAUGAAUCUUGGCGGGCGCUGGGAAGUGCAAAGGUUUUCCUUUCGAUUUGCGGUUGAGUUGCUGGAAUGGAGAGAGCUGAAGGGUGUGUGCGUGUUUGGUGGUGAGGAUUGUGGACUGCGGAGACUUUUUUUUUUUUCCUCCCUUGGAAUUAGGGUUUGUUUUUUCUGGUGGUGCUGAAUGAGGGUGUGAUAGUUUCGGCUUAGAAUUGUUUCGUAUCGGAGGAUUUGUCUGUGUUUAGGGUUUUUAAUUUUUGGGGAAACUUGGAGAGUGUUCUUCAAGGAGUCUGUUUGUUCCUUGCAUUCGUUGAUUUGAGGCUUUUCGUAUUCAAUUCGGGAGACAGAAGGACAGAGGGAGCAUUUACUGAAAAGCAAUAAAGGAACAAGGAUUUGUGUGUUUUAUUUUGAUGAUCAGUCUUAUGGAUCCCAUGAAGGAGUUGGACAAGUGCUUGGAUCCUCAAUUAUGGCAUGCCUGUGCAGGAGGAAUGGUGCAUAUGCCAUCCCUUAAUUCUAGGGUCGUCUACUUCCCUCAGGGCCAUGCUGAACACGCCUAUGGGAAUGUGGAUUUUGGGAAUCCCCGGAUUCCCCCGCUUGUCCUCUGCAGAGUAUCUGCUGUAAAAUACUUGGCGGAUCCAGAGUCAGAUGAGGUUUAUGCCAAGAUAAGGUUGAUUCCAUUGAGAAACACUGAGGGUGAAACGGAAGAUGAUGUGUUAAUGGGAGGCAAUGGAAUUGAGGCUCCUGAGAAACCAGCUUCUUUUGCAAAGACCUUGACACAGUCUGAUGCAAAUAAUGGUGGAGGUUUCUCCGUCCCUCGUUACUGUGCUGAGACGAUCUUUCCACGCUUGGAUUACUCAGCAGACCCGCCUGUCCAAACUAUCCUUGCAAAGGAUGUACAUGGUGAGACUUGGAGGUUUCGGCAUAUCUAUAGGGGAACUCCACGACGCCAUCUUUUAACAACAGGAUGGAGCAACUUUGUAAACAAGAAGAAUCUUGUUGCAGGGGACUCGAUUGUGUUCUUGAGAGCAGAAAAUGGGGAUCUCUGUGUUGGAAUUCGGCGGGCAAAGAGGGCUGGCUGUGGACCUGAGUCUCCAUCUGGUUGGAACCCAGCAUCUGGAAAUGGUACCUCUCCAUAUAGGGGAUAUUCUGGGUUCUUGAGGGAGGAUGAGAAUAGGCCGAUAUUAACACAUUCCAAUGCGGGAUUCAGGGGAAAGGGAAGAGUAAGGGCUGAAUCUGUUGCUGAAGCUGCAACACUUGCUGCGAAUGGCCAGCCCUUUGUUAUUGUUUACUAUCCACGUGCAAGCACUCCUGAGUUUUGUGUGAAGGCCUCAUCUGUGAGAGCGGCAAUGCAGAUCCAGUGGUGUCCUGGAAUGAAGUUCAAAAUGGCUUUUGAAACCGAUGAUUCUUCUCGGAUUAGCUGGUUCAUGGGAAACAUUUCUUCUGUUCACGUUAAUGACCCCAUUCGCUGGCCUAAUUCUCCAUGGCGGCUUCUUCAGGUAACAUGGGAUGAGCCAGAUUUACUCCAGAAUGUGAAGCGAGUUAACCCCUGGUUGGUUGAAUUGGUGUCACACGUGCCCUCUAUCCAUCUAUCCCCCUUCUCACCACCAAGAAAGAAGUUGCGGCUUCAACAACAGUCAGAAUUCCCCCUAGUUGGCCAAAUUCCAAUGCCAUCAUUUUCCAGCAACGCCCUCAGGCCAAGCAGCCCCUUGUGUUGUAUAUCUGACAACAUUCCUGCAGGCAUACAGGGAGCCAGGCAUGCUCAAUUCGGACUAUCUUCAUCAGAUCUCCAUUUCAACAAACUGCAGUUGGGUCUGUUUCCACUUGGUUUACAGCAGCAGCUUGAUCAGACUGCCCCACCUUCCAGUAUUCUUAGUGGGAAUACCAUGAGCAACCAUGAGAACAAUGAAAAUAUUUCUUGCUUGCUUACAAUUGGAAAUUCCACACAGAACUCGAAGAAAAAUAAUGAAAUAAAGGCACCUUAUUUCUUCCUCUUUGGUCAACCUAUUCUCAUUGAGCAGCAGGUUUCUCAGAGCUGCUCUGGUGAUACAGCUGGAAUCAGUUCAUCAGAUGGAAAUCCAGAGAAAACGCCAAAUUUCUCAGACGGUUCUGGAUCUGCAUUUCACCAGAAUGGCCCACAGGAGAGCUCCUCGGAUGAAGGGCUCCUCACUUGGUACAAAGAUCACCAAAAAACUAAUCUUGGCCUGGAGACUGGUCACUGCAAGGUGUUCAUGGAAUCAGAGGAUGUGGGUCGGACUCUUGAUCUGUCAAUACUUGGUUCAUAUGAAGAACUCUAUAGAAAGUUGGCCAACAUGUUUGGCAUAGAAAGAGCUGAGAUGCUGAGCAAUGUACUCUACCGGGAUGAGGCGGGCAUUGUUAAGCACAUUGGAGAUGCACCCUUUGGUGAGUUUUUGAAGACAGCAAGAAGGCUAACAAUUCUGGCCGACUCGGCAGCAACACCCUAGGGAGGUAGAAGACUAGGUGACUUUUAUUAAAUGUACAGAGCCAACAAUCUCAGUUUAAUUUUGUUUUGGUUUUGGCUUUUGGGAGUUAUGGGAGAAGCCCGCUUUCAUCCGAUUUUGCAAUAUCAUAGCUCGUGACUUGUUAGCCCAGCUUAAAUUUGGUCUCUAAAUGAACUGACUCCUUAUUGCUAGUUCAAACA